CUUUCAUUUCUCCAUCGACAAUCACACCACGCUCGUUAGACUUCAAUCAUCGACUUGCAAUGGCCAAACUGGUGCUCUCGGCGAUGGCGCUGCUCAUGCUCGCCACGCCCGCCUUGUCGGCCUGCGAAGGCGGACAUACCUUUGGCUACUGCGAGGACCGAAUCGUGCACUGGUACGACCCGGACACGGGCGAGAUUUGCGACCCGCUCGACUGCGGCGGCGGACGUGCCCCAGUUAAGACAAACGUCCCUGGAUGCGCCGCCUACAAAGGCACCCUCACGCGCCCGACAGAGCCGUCGUACAUGCCCUGCUGGACUCCUGGCUGGACUGGGUACCUCAGCUCGACCAUCGUCACGGCCAGUACUACUGUGGAUGAGGAGAUGACGACUUCGACAGGACUAGUGGGCGUGUCCUCCUCUUCUUCUUCUGUUGGCACAGUAGCAUCAUCAAGUCAGGACGAUUCCGAGUCGGCUACUAGCGCGACCACCGGCGACGGCUUGUCGUCUACCAUGACGACAGUGCCUGGUGCUGGGUCACUUUCAGCCGGGACGCGCUCCACCACCGUCUUGACGACUGCGCCGCAGACAUUGACGGGCGGUGCCGGUAGUAGUGGGGCGGUAGGCACUGCCAUCACGAGUACGACUGUGCCGCCGAGCGCUGGAAAUGUUGUAGCCGGCUCGUCGAUAGCUGUGGUCGCUGGAGUCGCUCUGCAGGCACUUGUCGUCUUCUUCUAGGAAAUCAGGGAUUGUCUCUUUUGAAGCGCAUGGGGGUUAUUUUUGUGUUGUGGAUUAUAAUGAGGGGGAGAACUGAGCCAAGAGUUGGUGUAAGCUAGCUAAGCAAUAUAUUGUACUGUAUUGUACUUGGUCUCCCUGGGAUGGAGAGCCAUAGUCAUCGCAUUGCUAUGUGGC